AUGAAGCCGCCCAGGAAAGUUCAAUCACGCCGAGAGAAACACAUUUUGGCAUUGGAGGAACUGCUUCGGGAGCUGGGUUCCACGAACGAGGCCAUCCGGAGAUGCAAACCACGAUAUAAAAAAUGUACAAAAGAACAGACCAACAACGCGCUCAAAUCGAUUGCAGCCCUCACCACCGGGGUGAUGGGUGGACUUGUUGGAGCCCCGCACACCAUGCAAGGUGCGAUUUCACGAUUCAGCGGAACCACGGGAAUGAACACCCCGACCGCGUCACAGAAAUCGUUGCAACAGUUUAAUACCAUCGGUAGCACCAUGAAUCUGCUUGCUAAACGACCGUCUCGGGUUAAAAGUGGUCCGAUGGAGCUGGACUCCGUCUCGGAUGAGGCUGGUUCAAUCAAUCACUGGCCGAAGUAUAUGAGCGGUACACUUGAUCGAUUNCAUGUAUACAGUCCCCCCGCACGUGCCAACACACACCGGACCCGUGGUAGACUGGAUUCGUCUCAACGAAGCCUGUUCCAAGACACGAGUGCACGAAUCUGUUUGGCCCGCGGCGUCAGUAUGGACAGCGGCGAGUAUCCGUCUGUGACCGUGGAAAGCAAUUACCCCAGUCCACCUAUUGAUGAGUUGUGUUCCAAUGAAGCGUUGUGUAACGCUAAAACUGAACAGCCGGUAUCUACCGUGACCAGUAUUCACGGACUUCGCCCGGGAAGUACAACACCUCCGCUCACAAUGCCCUGUACAAAUAACCGAGGAGAACUUAAGAAGUGUGGAAAGUACGCUCACGUGACUAUUCAAGAUUUAUGCUAUCCACGGAGACUGUGGUAUUUACAACGAUUCCGAUUGGCUAGUUCCCGCAGUUCUUUAGCCAAAUCCAGAUUGUGGCAUGGAUUCAAGCGAAGCUCCUUUGAAGAAACUCGACCAUCAGAUAGCAGUCCGAUUCAUCUGACGAAGAAGAUUUGCACAUCGGUUCGCCUGACACAAGUAGAGCCUGUGGGUGACGCAACCGGUUGCGCACAGUUUGGUCACUCCUUCGAAGGGGAUUCGAUCACGUCGGAUCUGGUGACCUUGGGCAUAAAACCGAACAAAUAUGAUGUCGAAAAAUCGCAAGACUCGUCGGUGCAAACCAACCAAUCGGAAUCGGCAUUCGGUGGCGCUGCACCGAAUCCCGUAUUUCAGGGUACAAACGGUCGAGCACUGACGAGUUGCCGGCGGAUACAUGGUCCAGGAGUACGUGAUGGACUGAACCAGUUUGAUUCGACCGCCAGUCUGAUGGUAAAUGAUGAAUCGCCUUUUGAUGAGCACAGGGUCAAAACUGAAGGAGGAACGGUUUACGGCGAUUCGCGAUGUCUAUUCUCUCACACUACCACAAUGAGCGAGGACAUUCCAGUGGCAGAGUUUCCGUCAGAUGAAGUGAGUUGUUGA